AUGCUCGAGAGAUUUCCUACCGUUCCCACGGGGAAAAAACCAGACGCUGUCCCAUGCAACAGCAAAAAGCCAAAGAUUCGUCCUCCAAAUACGCUCCGGGAGAAAAUAAUACAGCACCCUCUACCCUAUUACUCUGGGCCAUAUAGUGUGGGCAUGAUGGACGUUGAAGUACCUGCUAGGGAUCCUCGACACUUUUCAGAUAUAAAGAGAGAUCACAAGUAUCUAUUACAACUGGACACGGUGUUGAUGAGCAUUUGGUAUCCUAGCGGACGAGGAAACGGACAAGGUCGUUCUCCAGAGGGAUUGAAGAAAUGGGGGCGUCCCACCUGGCUUCCGCGGCCUCGGAUUGAGACAGCAAAAGGGUAUGGACGAUUCGCAUCUUUACCUGAUUUUAUAUCGGUCCCUUUGUUUGGUGCCACCACAGCAUUCACAAAAAUUCCUGCGUGGAAAAACUCGCCUCUUGCUGAACAUUGGCCGCCGGAGGAGAAUUCCUACGAAGGAGGUUACGAGGUAAAAACUCGCCUGGGAAGAGUCCCAACUGGGGAAACCGAAUCGCCGGUAUUUCCACUUUUGAUAUUUAGCCACGGGCUUGGAGGAACUAGAACGACAUAUAGCAGUCUGUGUGGAGAAUUUGCCAGUUACGGGUUCAUUGUAGUGAGCGUAGAACAUCGUGACGGUUCCGGUCCGCGAAGCUAUAUCAACUAUCCGAAGGACUCCCCCAAAAGCCAAGAAGGAUAUUCUAAAAUCGAUUAUGUAUUCCCAGAGAACAAUCCCAUGGACACAGCGCCUGGAAACAAACAAGGUGUAGACUCAGCAUUAAGGUCUGCACAGAUCCAGCUCCGACUAGCAGAGAUCGAGGAGGCAUACCAUGUCAUGACACUCAUACAUUCGGGUCGUGGCCACGAAGUUGCAGCUCGAAACCUCCGACACAAGAAUCCAAAGGCAAAAUCACCUAUUGGUGCUUCGUCACGCGGAUUGCUGGGAGUGAAUUGGGAAUCAUGGAAGGAACGUUUUCAUCUUCGACAAGUGACAAUGAUCGGUCACUCAUUUGGCGCAGCCACUACAAUAGAAGUUUUACGACAUCAGGAUCGGUUCAAAUACGUUGGUCAAGGCAUCAUUUACGACAUCUGGGGUGCUGCAAUACAACCUCCGGAAGAAGAACCAGGACAUCGAAUCCAUACACCGCUCCUAGGAAUCAACAGCGAGGCCUUCAUGUACUGGAACGACAAUUUUGAGUCAGUAAUGAAACUAUGUAAAGAAGCCAAAGACCAAGGCGCGUUGUGUUGGCUCAUGACGGUCCGCGGCUCAGUCCACCUCUCCCAAUCCGACUUCACGAUUCUGUACCCGAAAAUAUGCAGUCUCUUCUUGAAAAUGACGGUCAAUCCCCGUCGAGCCAUCGAUCUUAAUAUCAACGCUUCUCUGGAAUUCCUACGACACGUCAUGCCUGACCGCAUCUCAGCCAUGAACCGAGGAAGAAAUGAACAUCUCCUUGAUGUCCGCACCCUGGACAAACUGCCCGCAGAGCACAAACCUGAUGAACGUUGGAUGGCUAUGAGAUUGCGUAUACCGCAUGAAGCGAGAAUCCGGUUGACGCCGAGAUGGAUACGACGGGCUGUCCGAAAGAAGAGGUUGGAAUCUAAGGCGGAUGGAAAGCCCAUCAGCAGCUUACCAAAAGAUCCGUUGGGGAGGGUAUUAGACGGGCUGGAGAGUUUGGAGAUGGGCGAUGAGGUUUGGAUGCAUGUUGCUCCUACUAAGGAGGAACUUGGACGUUGGGGUGUGGAACUGGAUGGGAGUCAUGGGCAUAAAUAUCCGGAAGGUCCUAAAGACAAUGGAGACCAGGUGGAUGGAAAUGAUGGAAAGGAAAAGGAAGGACGUGAUGAGAGCCAUGAAAGAGAUCAUGCUUCGGAUGGGGUUGAUAGGACGGGCGGCAUGGUUGAAGUUACGGGCGAUGAGGGAAAUGAUCCAAGUGAUCCCAAUGUCCAUAAAGGUCUUGAACAAAGGUACAUGGACAGGGGAUAA